AUGAGUAGGAUUGAGAAACUACAUAAGGAAUUAAUAGAGCAAAUGGAGGAAAAUAACAAGUAUACUCAAAGUAACACGGAAAAACUAGAACAAUUAGAGAAAGAUUCCAAUAAACAAAAAGAAAACUUCAACAAACUAGACAGGAAAAUACAAGAUCAAGUAGAAGCACAAUUUAAGACAUUUGAGUCAUAUGCGGAUAGCAUUAAUCUAAGUAUGAACAAGUUAAUAUCCCAACUGGACAACAAGAAAGAAUAUGAAAAUAGAUUAAUCAAUUUAACAAAUUCAGACAAUAAAUUAUUACAAUCAUUGAAGCAAGAAGUAGGGAAAUUAACAAUAAGAAAAGAAGAAGAAGAUAAACACAUUACAAUGGACAAUAAAGAAGACAUGGUCAAAAAAGACAAAGGGAUUCCCCCACAUAUGAUGACUUCCAAUCAAGAUAAUAACAAUCACAGAGAAUACGGUAACAAAACCGCUAAAAAGCGCUGUAGCGCAGCGUAG